GCACUGGAGCACACUUUAGCCUCUCCAGCAGCAGCCUGGGAGACAGGCUGUGCUCAGUCUGAGCGCGCCUGCCUGAGACAGCAGGCUGCUUGCUGUUCAGCCUGUAGCUGUUGCAAGGGGCUGGGUUCCUAGCCAGCACCCCCCCCCCCCCGACUCUCAGCCUUGUUUAUUGUGGAGCAAGAAGAGAGGGUUUUCUCUUGUUGGAACACCUGGGCUGGUUUACCUUCUUCUUGAUUUUAAGUAGUUCCCCCCCAUGAGAACUGAAUUUCGAGUGUUUCUCAAGGACAAACAGUGCCCCUGAGCUGGAGAUGAGCCAGGAGGCCAGCUCCUGAGGCUGUCUGCUAAGGGCUCCGAGUCCCCCACCCCAUUCAAAAUGCCAUUUAAAGCAUUCGAUACCUUCAAAGAGAAAAUUCUGAAACCUGGGAAGGAAGGAGUGAAGAACGCCGUAGGAGAUUCGCUGGGAAUCUUACAAAGGAAAAUUGACGGGACCAAUGAAGAGGAAGACAGCAUUGAGCUGAGUGAAGAAGGAAGGCCCGUGCAAGCAUCCAGGCCACACCUCCCAGUCUGUGACUGCAGUUGCUGCGGCCUCCCCAAGCGCUACAUCAUCGCUAUCAUGAGUGGGCUGGGAUUCUGCAUUUCCUUCGGGAUUCGGUGCAACCUUGGAGUGGCCAUUGUGGAAAUGGUCAACAAUAGCACUGUGUAUGUGGAUGGGAAACCAGAAAUCCAGAUGGCUCAGUUUAACUGGGAUCCAGAGACGGUGGGCCUUAUCCAUGGAUCUUUCUUCUGGGGCUAUAUUGUGACACAAAUUCCCGGUGGCUUCAUCUCAAACAAGUUUGCUGCCAACAGGGUCUUUGGAGCCGCCAUCUUCUUGACAUCAACUCUGAACAUAUUCAUCCCUUCUGCAGCCAGGGUACAUUACGGCUGUGUUAUGUGUGUGAGGAUUUUGCAGGGCCUGGUGGAGGGUGUUACCUACCCAGCCUGCCAUGGGAUGUGGAGUAAGUGGGCGCCUCCCCUGGAGAGAAGCCGAUUGGCCACGACGUCCUUUUGUGGUUCCUAUGCUGGAGCAGUCGUUGCUAUGCCACUGGCAGGAGUGUUGGUGCAGUACAUUGGCUGGGCCUCUGUCUUUUACAUUUAUGGUAUGUUUGGGAUUAUCUGGUACAUAUUUUGGCUGUUGCAGGCCUAUGAGUGCCCAGCAGCUCACCCAACAAUAUCCAGUGCAGAAAAGACCUACAUAGAGACAAGUAUCGGAGAAGGGGCCAACUUGGCCAGUCCGAGUAAAUUCAACACACCCUGGAAAAGGUUCUUCACAUCCUUGCCUGUCUAUGCUAUCAUUGUAGCAAACUUCUGUAGGAGCUGGACCUUUUAUUUACUCUUAAUAAGUCAGCCUGCCUACUUUGAAGAGGUCUUUGGGUUUGCAAUAAGUAAGGUGGGUCUCUUGUCUGCUGUCCCACACAUGGUGAUGACUAUCGUGGUACCCAUUGGAGGGCAACUAGCUGAUUGUUUAAGAAGCAGAAAGAUCUUAACCACAACUGCUGUCCGAAAGAUCAUGAAUUGUGGAGGCUUUGGCAUGGAAGCAACCUUGCUUUUGGUGGUUGGCUUUUCCCACACCAAAGGAGUGGCUAUCUCCUUCCUGGUGCUCGCUGUAGGAUUCAGUGGCUUCGCUAUUUCAGGUUUUAAUGUCAACCACCUGGACAUUGCUCCACGCUAUGCCAGCAUUCUCAUGGGGAUUUCUAAUGGAGUGGGAACACUAUCUGGAAUGGUCUGCCCCCUCAUUGUCGGAGCAAUGACCAAGCACAAGACCCGUGAGGAAUGGCAGAACGUGUUCCUCAUAGCAGCUCUGGUCCACUACAGUGGUGUCAUCUUCUAUGGGGUCUUUGCUUCAGGGGAAAAACAGGACUGGGCUGAUCCAGAGAGUCUCUCUGAGGAGAAAUGUGGGAUCAUUGACCAAGAUGAAUUAGCUGAGGAAACAGAGCUCAACCACGAGGCUAUGGUAAGUCCCAGAAAGAAGAUGUCUUAUGGUGCCACCACUCAGAAUUUCGAAGUCCAGAAGAGUGGGUGGAGACAACAGAGAGAAGCUGCCUUCCAGGAGGAAGAGGCAUUGUCCUACCAGAAUGAAGGAGACUACUCAGAAGCAUCCUAAUGCCCAUCUUCUCCUCAACAUACAAGCAGAAGUAUCCAUUCCCAUUGCCUUUCCAUACCUCGGCUUGCCAGGGGACAAAUCAUGGGACACUGGAGGUAGUGGGAGGAGAUUAAGUCAACAGCAGAGAAAAGAGAGAAACACCUUCUUCCAUAGAUAAGAGUAUGGUUCUUGCUGGGCGUUGGUGGCUCAUGCCUUUAAUCCCAGCACUCGGGAGGCAGAGGCAGGCAAUCUCUGUGAGUUCGAGGCCAGCCUGGUCUACAAAAGCUAGUUCCAGGAUAGCCUCCAAAGCCACAGAGAAACCCUGUUUCGAACCCCCCCCCAAAAGAGUAUGGUUCUUGCAGUCAGUUGAUAAAGUAGUUGAUCAUAUCUUUUCAGGGUGGGGCAGGGUUGGUGUUUGCUGUUGAGCCUUCUCUCAAAGAACUAGCUACUCAGAAAUAAAUGGCUAGAAGAAUAAGAAGUAGCUUGUUGCUCAAAUAAACAUAGAAAGAAAUCCCUCUUUGGCCUGGAGAAGAGUACAUGAUGGCUGUCACCACACCUCCUAAGAUACCCAUGCAGAGAAAAUUUCCUAACCCUGAUGAAGGGAAGCACUCAUAGAGGCCCUCUGUUGUGCCAGGUGCUUUAUGAACAUUCUUAUCUAACCUCCACACCCUAUUACAUAUAGUUAUUGUACCCAUUUUACAGCUAGGGACACUAAAGGAACAGGAUAACCCACCCAAUGUUGCCCUCUUGGGGUCAAGACCGAGACCGGCAGAUGAGUGGGAGUUUUAGGAGAGAAGGGUCCACCCAGCUCAGUGUAGGUACAUUUUCAAUGAUAAAAAACUGGAAAUGGAAUCAGCUGUUCUAUGGGUGAUUCCAUGUUUGGUCAAGGACGCGUGCACGCACGUGUGUGUGUGCGCGCGUGUGUGUGUGUGUGUGUGUGUGUGAAUAUUUAGACUAUGUGGCAGAGGGGAUUCAAAUAUAUAAAAUUCUGAACUCAAAACCCUUAAGGUCCUAUAUUACUCAAUGAACCAAACCAUUUGGUGAAUCAAUGACUUUUUUUCUUUAAGAGUCACAGACUGACAAAAAGAAAUAAUAAAUAAAAUGAAGCUAAGGAUGAUAGCUCCAUUUCCAGGAAUGUUUUAAAAGAAGUCUACGAAGAGUUGACUAUUAAAUUAUAACCCUCUACAUCAUUGGGAAUGUGGUUAAAUAAUGUCCCAAGUUAACUAGUAGCCCCUAAAACAUUUAAUAAUCAAAGAAUCAGACUCAGGUGACUUUUUGCCACUAGUUUCUUCAAAGAGUUUUGUUUAAACAAACGUGUGUCACUAGUUUUCUCUGCCAGUGAGUAUAAUAAUAAGUGGUCAGAUGACAUGAAAUUGUUUUCAAAAUAUUCAUAAUAACUGUACCUGGAAUGUUCAUUGAAAAUAAAAAGAUAGCAAUAGUUUUGUAGAGAAAUACUGCAGUCAAAAUGUUCAAGACAAUCAGGCCUGUACUUGGUGUUGAAAACUUCAUCUGUGAUUGUGUUAAGCAAUAACAUGGAUACUCUCAAAUAUAAUUAAAAAUGUAAUGUUGGCAUGUGAGAGGUUAUUAGAAAAUAAAAUUAAUUUCCUGACCCUUAGUUUUGAAAAGUUUGUUUAUAUUUUCAGAAGGAAAUUUAAUAUGAUGAUAAAAUACAGAUAUACUUGUAGUAUGUUAUAGUAUAUUAUUUGUUGCCUAGUUUUUUCCAUUUCGUUUCUGGUCCCUUGCUAUGCUUAAGGAGUUAUAAUGUACUUUAUAAAAAAGACUAAUGUUAGAUUUUAAAAGAGAAUGGCUAACUUCCCACUAAAUAACAUUCUUUCUUUUACUUGUAUAUAAUUUGUGUUAUCAGACGUUGUAAAACCUCCCUAUUGCGUGAAUCCAUGUAAGCCCCCCCAGAGCAGUUCCUGGCAUACAGAAGUACUUAAGAAAUAGCUGUCCUGUCAUCACUAUCUUUGACUCUUGUGUGACCAUGUCAUUUGUAAAGAAAGAACUGCUGUGUCAUUUCAUCCAUUGGCCGCAGAGUUUAUUAUGAAAAUUGCACUGUUUUCUAAGUAAAAAAAAUAGAUAAUAAUAACCAGUGUUUAUUUCUUUGUGUGUUAACAAAGUAUAAUAAUUACAUGUAUGAAAAAGCCUCAUGAUGGUCAUGAAGGCAGUGUUGUAGGUUGUGACCCAAUCUGCUGUGCGUGUCGAUGUUACGCAGAAACACCACAUUUUGCUUAUACCUUGCACGUAUAGUAUAUUUUUUAGUGGUGGGAUGGAUCGUGGCAUUAAACGUUUUGAAACAUG